AUGGCACUGCUGGUUGAGUUGGAUGAAUAUUCAGGGGACAGUGCCCAACAACGAGGACCAUUUUCGGUGUUCUCUGUUUUGUCGAGCCCGGAGACCCAAGAUGCAUGCCGUGUUGUCCUACCUAAUUUGGAAAAAACACUGUCAACUCAAUAUUCCGAAGAUGCACAGCAUACCUCGUCGCACUCAAUUAGCUCACCAGUUGGCGACAGAGAUGCCGAGGUAACUCCACCGAAGUCAACAUCAGACGGGUUACCAUCUAUUGCCGCACCAUCCACGUUUGAAUCCCACGAGGAAUCAUGUACGGCUUUACCAAAGCCUAAUCCUCGGGUUUCUGACAUCUCCAUAAACACAUCCACUCGUGUCGUCAAUCACAAAAAGCCCGACAACAGGCUAUCAGAACUGAGGGACUACGGCAGACCUGUGCCCAACAUCCACAGCAAUGAGACUGAUAUCUCCCUCUGGAACUCCAUGGGCCCAUUGGUUCCCUUAGGACCAGAGACCGAACUGAUCCACCACUGGGUUAGUUUUCUCAGCAGAAACAUGCUCCUAAUCGACACUCCGGACAAUCCCUGCCGGGCUGUUUUCCUGCCUCUUGCUCUGAAAGGCCUCGAUGCCCCCCCAACAGAGUCGAACAUUCAUCUUUCAAUCUUCCAUGCCAUUUGUGCCUCUUCUGCCUUUAGCCUUUCUCAUCUUCGCCAUGAUUCGCGGUACCACUCCAUCGCCCUCUACCAUGACCAUCUGGCUCUGCGUCAUUUACGAGGAAGCCUGCAGCGGGUCCGCUGCCUAGAUGAGCCCACAUUAACUGCCGUUAUCACUUGCAUUACGACUGAGGCAAUGUCUGGUCGGCCCAGCCGAUGGAGAGCACACGUUUCUGGAUGUCUUGGUCUCUUACAGAAUGAAGUUCAUGGGGACUGGAUCCGAAGUCCUACUGCUGCUCGGCUGCUUCAAAUUUACCUGUCUCUUUCGUCACUAUGCAGUCUUCCUAUACCCGAACGGCUCAUGUCACUUUUAAACGGCCCCUCCGAUUUCCAGCACUACCUAGAGCAAUCGCAUGGAGUCACAACACCACUGGUUCAAUCCCUCGCUCAGAUUACCACACUUGUUGAGUCCCGGGCACAACUAUCUGUGGAGGAUCUAGACCAGCUGGAACUUCAACUCUAUUUGAAAUUUCCAUCCCUGUCUAACCCGGAUGCCCCGGGUUCGAUUAUCGUCCAACACGCUCUAAACUCAUUCUACUACGCCACAAUUGUUUAUUUCCGCCGCAGCUUUCGCAGGGCACCACUGUGCGAUGUACAGGAUCUGAUUGAGAAAGCAAUACACGAGCUUGAAUCUGCCGAUGCGCUCACACGUGACAAAGGCGGCUGUCCCUACAACUGGGCAAGUUUUGUGAUUGCGGCUGACUGCGAGCGACGUGAUCUGCAGGAUCGUAUGUUGGCAUUCUUUGAGCGGAAAACUCGGCAGGGCAUACAGAGUAUCAAUGCCUUAUGUGGGAUCAUUCGAACUCUGUGGAACCGGCGGACAGCGGCUGGACCGCACGUAGAUGUACAAUGGCAGGACAUUGCAAGGGAAGCAGAUUUUGACUUCAUCCUUGUUUGA